AUGGAGUCUCCCAAAAGCUAUAUGUUGAGGGUGAAGAAGCAAGAGCUGAUCAAGAUUAAGGAAGAACUAAAGAAAGCCAAAGAAAACGCCACACAAUCAUGGCUGGACUCUCGUCCUCUGAUCGACGACCUCGAGACGCUAAAGUCAAACCUCGAAAUUUCGAAAAACAAAGUUUUUAUUUUCUCCAAUUCUCACGUCUCAGAGCUCGAAAAGGAGCUUGAGACGAUGAAUGCGGAGAUCAAGUCAAGGAAGGAAGAAGAGCUCGAAGCGACGAAGAAGGCCAACGAAGUAACUCAGGCUCUAGACCAACUACGCGAAGAGAUGGAAAGCUUGAAGCGUUUCACGGGCAACAAACGACAGAAGAAGUUGAAACUGAAGCGGGUUCUGAGGCUGCAGAGGCAAAGACUUCGGUCGUUGCAGUUGAGAAUAGAGGCUGCACGGAAAGAUAUAGAAGCGUGCGGCGAAUCCCGAAAAGAAGCGCUCCGGUAUUUGAAUAUUGCCCCCGAAACGAUAAUGGAAAAGGAGGGUGUUGAUGAUCAUGGUCAAGUUCUAUUAGUACUCUCUCAUGAAGAGUAUAUGGCUCGGAAGAAGAGAGUCGACGAGGAGAAUUCACUAGCGGAUUGGCGUGUUUCGGUCUCGGUGGAGCAGAAGAUGGAGGCCGAGAAGAGCCGGGACUUGGCUAAGGCUAAACUGAGGGAAUUGAAGUUAUGGAAGAGGGCGAAGGGAAGAAGGGAUGUUAGAGAAAGUGAAGGAGAUCAUAUUGAUAUUGAAAGAGUUGUGGUUGAAGAAGAAGAAGAAGAAGAUGACAAAAGAGAGGUUACGGCAGUUAUUUCCAUUGCUCAACCUAAGAAGGAAGAUUUCCAAGUACCCGAGACUAUUUUCUGA